UUGAUCAAGGGCUGAUAAGACUCUAUGAUAUGCAUGGUAUCUCAAGUACACCUGAAACGAUAGGCCACCCAUUAGGAUAGAACUCGUCAACGUAGCAGUUUGUAACGCAGCUGCAAUUUAAUGGACGAUUUACCGCCUGAGCCCACUCCGGAUAACGAAUUUUACGAUGGAAAUAUACCUUCGAUAACACAAACCGAUCAGAUUGCAUCAAGACAACGUUCCCAGAAUGCACGAGCGCUACAAGAAGAAGAGUAUGAUACAAACCAUCGGCGACGUGGUAUGGCAAUCAUCUUAAACCAUGAGAAUUUCGAGUUGAUGAGCAAACGCGAAGGUACCAACAGGGAUCGUGAUGCAGCAACAGCGGUCUUAACCAGUAUGCAGUUUGACGUUCGUGUCUACAAUGAUCUUGGUCGUGAUGAGCUUUUCUGCGUGUUGCUUGCUCUUGCCAGUGAGGAUCACUCCGAUUGCGAUUGUUUAUUAGUUAUGCUAAUGACCCAUGGAGACGAUGACGUUUUGUAUGCGUACGAUGGACCUUACAGUGUAGACAAAUUAUGGGAGAGUUUUAUGGGCAACGCAUGCACUACGCUACUUGGCAAGCCGAAGCUGUUUUUCGUCCAAGCCUGCCGUGGAAGCACAUUCGAUAAAGGGGUGAAGUUGGGCUGUCGCGAUUUGGACAGUGACCAUUUCUCAUCGCACAAGUAUGUGAUUCCGACUACGGCCGAUUUGUUGGUGAUGUACUCUUCAUAUAAGGGCCAUGUGUCAUGGAGAAGCCCCAGGGGAGGAUCUUGGUUUAUACAGGCACUAUGCGUGGAAUUGGAAACGAAUUGGAAGCACAUGGAAUUGCUGCAGCUGCUGACGGGCGUUUCGCGAAGAGUAGCUUAUGAUUAUCAGUCAAACGUGCCGAGCAAGGGCAGAAUGGAUGCAAUGAAACAAAUGCCGUCCAUUGUAUCGAUGCUUACAAAGCUGGUUUAUUUUCCUUUAAAGUUGGGUUCAUGAAAAACAAGUUGCAAACAUUCUUGUUGCAUUACACGAAAACUUUGUCUGUAACUCAAGGCCGGGACUGUUACAAAAUUAGUUUUUGAAAAUGAAACACAAGAGACAAUUCACGGUCAAAAUGAAUGAAUUAAGUUUAUUUGUAAGAUUGUAAGUUUGUACGUUUUUCUUAAAUUUUAUUUCUCUUCGUAACGAAAAUGCAAGUAAUAAAUAUACUAGCUUAAAGUAAUGUUAAAACACAA